AUGGACAUUAAAAAGUUCUUCACUGCCAUACCACGCCAUGCCCAGACUCUGUUGCGAGUAGGGACGACACCGGAUUCAAAUGUCGAAGUUGUUGGUGAAGAUGUUAAAGAAAAAACAGAGAAAAGAGUCACUUCUCAGACACGGUUGCCCAUCUUACCGCCAGUGCCGUACCAGCCACGGGACGUCAACUGCAUGCCGGUGCAACGGCUCGCUAAACGAACGCUAUGUUUUCAGCGCGCGUGGUUCGAUAGCUUUCCAUGGCUCCACUUUGACGCUAACGUUAGCGGAGUACUCUGCUUUACUUGUGCUAAAGCAGCAUGCAUGGACUUGGCCGGCAUGGCGCGGUAUUCAGAGGACACGUUUGUUUCCAAGGGAUUUUGCAACUGGAAGAAGGCAAUUGAGAAAUUCAAAAUCCACGAAAAGACAUCUGCACAUAUGAUUUCUCAUAGCAACCUGAAAUUCCGGUCUUUCAACAACGACGUUGACGCACAGUUAAGUACGCACCAUCUUGAAGAACAAACGAAGGCGCGCAACGCUCUGCUGAAGAUUGUGACGACCGUCCAGUAUCUAGCGCAGCAGGGACUGGCAAUACGCGGCAAAGAGUCGAGCGACGGUAACUUCAUGAAGUUGUUAGAGCUGCGGAGCAACGAUGACGUCGUGUUACAGAGGUGGUUGACACGCACAACUUCAUACACAAGCGUUGCCGUGCAAAACGAACUGUUAAAAAUCAUGGCACACAUGGUGCUGCGAAAUAUUUGCAAGAACGUGGGCCUUUUUGCAGUCAUUGUCGACGGAACCCAAGACAUCCAAGGCGUUGAACAGGAGGCAAUAUGCGUGCGAUAUAUAGACGACGCUUACGACGUUCACGAGGACUUUAUCGGUCUGUACAGCGUAUCUGAGAUGACUGGUGCCAGCCUCAGCAAUAUGCUGCAAGACGCGUUGCUCAGACUCAACCUCCCAAUCACGCAUCUGAGAGCGCAAACGUAUGACGGAGCCAGCAAUAUGUCGGGCAAAUACCAAGGCUGCCAAGCACUGAUCAAGAAAGUACAACCACUGGCAAACUACACGCAUUGCGGUGCACACAUCACGCACCUCAUCUGUGCGAAGGCCAUCGAGAGUGCACCGUUCCUUCGCGAUGCUCUUAACGUGGUGCAGGAACUGGGCGGCUUCUACAACUCAUCAGGCAAAUUUAAAAAUUUGUAUCUCGAUCUGCAAGUUAUGGAUGAUAGCCCUUCCCCUUCACGCCUGAAGCCGCUUUGUCCAACAUGCUGGCUGUCACGUGGGAUUGCCGUUAGAGCCGUCCUUAGCAACUACACACACGUGCUGGAGGCACUGAAUGAGGCAUCAUCUACAUUUGGCAGCAGCACAGCAGACGUGAUGGUCUGUCAUGUGCACAGAAAUCGUCUUGCCGAGUGCACUGCACGAGAUAUCGCAAUUGAAUUUGUCGAUGGAUCGAGCGAUACACGGCUUACAGUGUUAGUUCUACAACCUAUAGCCGGGCUUAGUGAAGAGAAGCCCGUGGAUUCUGUGUUGGAUCCCCCAGAACUCCAGGAGCAGUGGCGAGAGUUUGAUAACGAGCACGCAGAUCUCGACUAUGGUUCCACAGGCGAGUUUUCACUUCACUACUUAUUGAUGUUCCAAUGA